AUGGAAUCAAGCUCAACACAUGCAGUACCAGCUUAUGCAGUACCAGCCUAUAUCGUACCAGCCUAUGCAAUUCCAGCCCCUGCAGCACCAGCCCAUGCAGCAUCAGCUAAUGCAGCAUCAACCAAUGCAGCAUUAGUCAAUCCAAAACCAGCAAAUGCAAUGAACUCGAAGUUAGUACCAUCAACAAAUGCUUACACAAACCAAGAUAAACUCAUACCUGCAACCAUCACAAUUACAUCAGACCUUUUCAAUCCUUAA